UAUGCCUUGGUCUUACUACAACCUGCCUUUGCACCAGCGGCUCUUGCUUCUUUUCAAACUGCAACUAAGACAGGUGGUCCAGCUGCUGUUGCAGUUGGGGGAAGACUCAUCCAGACUGAAUUACUUAGUAGUGCAUGGACCGGUUUCUUUGCUGGUUGCUUGCACACAUUAUCAGGGCCUGACCACCUAGCUGCUUUGGCUCCACUCUCAAUUGGGCGUACCCGCAUUGAAAGUGCUCUUGUUGGAGCCCUCUGGGGAUGCGGCCAUGAUGCUGGCCAGGUUAUCUUUGGAUUAAUAUUUCUACUACUGAAGGACCGGCUCCAUAUUGAAGUUAUUCGAACUUGGGGCACAAGAGUUGUUGGGCUUACUUUACUAGUUAUUGGUGCUAUGGGCAUUAAGGAAGCUUCAGAAGUCCCGAGUCCUUGUGUUGCCUUGGAGAAUGGCGAGUGUGAUGUUAGUGUGUACGAAACUCUUGAUAACCCAACUGUUGGGAAGAAGAAGAUUGGUUUUGCUACUUUUGCCACCGGAAUUGUGCAUGGGCUGCAGCCAGAUGCAUUGAUGAUGGUGUUGCCUGCACUUGCUUUGCCAUCUCGUGUUGCUGGCGCUGCAUUUCUAGUUAUGUUCUUAGUUGGGACCGUAGUUGCCAUGGGAAGCUACACAGUCUUUCUAGGCUCAUGAAGUCAAGCAUUAAAGGACAGAGUGCCCAGAAUAACAGAGAAACUGACAUGGGCUUCUUCCCUGAUUGCAAUUGCUCUUGGAUUUGCCAUUAUUAUCAGCCAGUUCUUUGGGUAUAGCCUGUAUUAGUUUUUUUACCCGGUUAAGAUUCAUGUAUUGCAGGCUUCCCCAGGAGAGUUAGAUAAUGUCUUAGAAGGAUUAUUCUAUUUAUUUAGAGCAAAAGUUCAACUACGAAGCACCUUUUCACAGCAAGAGUACCAUCCUAUUCUGUUUUUGAAGCUUUCUUUGAAUAUAGAGACGCACCCUUCCUCGUUUGUAAUUCUUUUAUGGUAGAAAUCAAGAUUGGUUUGAA